GUGGAGCAGAGUGGGAGGAGGGCUUUCUCACUUCCUCUAAACUAUAAUCAUCAAAUAAAUAAAACCACCUUUGCGCUGCAAAGAGAAUCCUGUUGCUCGGCUUCAAGAUGUCGUUCUCUGACGUGCUGACCGUCGUCGGAGGAUUUACUUUGGCCUUAUACCUGCUGAAGCUGUCCUGGAGAUGUUGGUGUGGAUUCAGACAGUUUGUUCUGUCAGAGUUUUGGAGAGUGGAUGUGAGGACUUAUGGGCAGUGGGCAGUUGUCACCGGUGCCACGUCUGGCAUUGGUAAAGCUUAUGCCAGUGAGCUGGCAGCACGAGGACUGGAUGUUGUUUUGGUCAGCAGAUCUGACGAUAAGCUUCAAAUGGUUGCCAAAGAGAUAGAGCAACAGUAUGGACGAAAGACCCGCACCAUCCAGGUGGACUUCAACAAUGGCCAGAGUAUCUACCCUGUUAUAGCUGAGGAACUUCAGGGACUGGAGAUUGGGAUUCUUGUAAACAAUGUAGGAAUGCUGUAUUCUGAUCAUUUUGCCUAUUUCCUGGAAAUACCAGAUUCUGAACAGAAAAUCACUCAGGUUAUCAACUGUAACAUGCUAUCAGUUCCUCAAAUGACCAGACUGGUUCUUCCCUGCAUGAUCGAAAGAGAAAGAGGGCUGAUCAUCAAUAUGUCCUCUGAGGUUGGCGUCCGUCCCCAGCCUUUGUUGUCUCUUUAUUGUGCCACGAAGUGUCUACAUGCCGAGUACAAGUCAAAGGGAAUCACAGUGCAGUGCGUGGCUCCCUUCAUGGUGUCCACCAACAUGACGAAAAACAGGACUUCCAACUACCUCGUGCGGAGCGCCUCUGGGUUCGUCCGCGAGGCCCUGAACACCGUGGGUCGCUCCAGCUACACCAGCGGCUCUCUGUCCCAUGCUCUCCAGAACAUUGCUCUCACAGUACUCCUGCCGGACUGGUUUCGUAUGUCAACGUUCUUAAUAAGGAAGCUACGAAACAAAGCCGAAGCCGACCAAUAUGAUAAAACAGUGUGCAGGGAAACGCUUGAUGCAAAGGAGGAUUAGUCGUGUGCACAGAAGUUGCAUUUUGGACAGACGUUUUAUAGCUAAUUUAAGCUUUUAUGAAACUGUAGAUCAGGUUUACUGUUGGUCUACUAUUCAGACACAUUAACAGCAUAGCGAGGUGAAUGAUAAACAGCUUGUGCACCUUCCUUAUCUUCAAUUAUUGCAUCCAGUUUGACGCAUCUUCUAUCUGAAUCCUUAGUUUAAUAUGAAUGUUAUUAAACUGGACAGAUGUUCGGACACAAUCAGUUUGCAUUUAAGCAAUCUUUUAAAUACAUAUUCUCUGUUAGGAUUUUACAGUAUGACAGUGACAAAGAUACACAGGACAUUUUGCAUAAAUAUUUACCACAAUGACAACCAGCAGUUUAGUUUGUACAUAUAAUAACAACCGUUACAGUUCACACGAGUCAGCCCCUUUAAGCUUGGUCAUCGACCGUUCACCACAACAUUGAAACGUGCUUAAAAGCUGUGCAGAUGGUUUUCUCAGUAACUUCCUGUUUGUUUAAAUAAAAACAUUAAUGUUAUUGUUCCAACAGUCACAAAACAUAACGUACACAAUAAAGCUCUAACUUUUCAUUCUG